ACAAGUUGAUUUUCGCCGGGCUCUGACUUUUACACGGAGAACACGCGUGGGGAUGUUGUCUAACGCUCUCUCCUCUCAGUGGCAUUUAUGUGAUGUCUUCAAGAGAGCGAUGUGCUGUAUCUCCUGUGGCCACACCCUCUCACUACUGCUGUGCGUCCUCACCCUGACUCCGACGGCGGCGGGGGCGGGGCCGGAGACCCUGUGCGGGGCGGAGCUGGUCGACACGCUGCAGUUUGUGUGCGGGGAGAGAGGCUUUUAUUUCAGUAAACCAGGCUAUGGCUACAACACACGGCGGCCAAGUGGCAUUGUGGACGAGUGCUGCUUCCAAAGCUGUGAGCUGCGGCGCCUGGAGAUGUACUGUGCGCCUGCCAAGACAAGCAAGGCGGCGCGCUCUGUGCGCGCUCAGCGCCACACGGACAUGCCGAGGGCACCGAAGGUCAGCACCGCAGGGCACAAGGCGGACAAGGGCACAGAGCGUAGGACAGCACAGCCACAGGACAAGUCAAAAAACAAGAAGAGACCUUUACCUGGACAAAGUCACCCAUCCUUUAAGGAUGUGCAUCAGAAGAACUCAAGUCGAGGCAACACGGGGGGCAGGAAUUACAGAAUGUAGGGACGGCGUGGAUGGACAAACGCCCAGUGACUUGGGAAGAGAGAAGGGAGUGGCCUUACCUGGUACCCCUGUGGAAUGGUUCACUGUAAAA